GCGACACACUAAGCACACGGGUCAACACGGCUGCCGCCACACCACAUACACCAAAUAAGCACAAGUUGAAGCAGUUCGCCACGUAAACAGCUUAAGGAACACCGGCCAUUAUGCGGAACGCCGCCAUAUUCGGAUUAUAUGCGCUGCUGCUAAUCGUCGCCUGCCAAUUGGACGCAACAGUUGGCCAAAGCUCGAAGCAGCAGCCGGAGGCACAGCCAGCGGCCGGCGGAGAACGCGUAGCGAGACAAAUUGGCUAUGGAGGCUAUCCGUCAUACUAUGGCGCCUAUGGAUUGGGUGGCUAUGGUGCGGGUAUCGGAGGCAUUGGAGGCAUCGGAGGCAUCGGAGGCAUUGGAGGCAUAGGAGGCAUUGGUGGCAUUGGAGGCAUCGGAUAUGGCGGCUAUGGUGGAUUGGGAGGCUAUGGCGGCUAUGGCGGCUAUGGCGGCUAUGGCGGCUAUGGUGGCUAUGGCGGCUAUGGUGGAUAUGGCAUGCGUUAUCCCUAUAAUUCCUAUGGCAGUAUAUACAGCGGCGGAUAUUAUGGUCGUCCUUAUGGCUACGGCUAUGGCAUUUGAGCAGCGUGCUCCAUGUGAAAAACUCUUAAGCGAAAUACAUAUUUACGUUUUGUGUGAGAAAAUCGA